AAGAGUAAUAGUGAGAGAGAGAGAGAGAGAGUAGAAAGAAGAGAUGGCGAGGUGGUUUGUCAGUGUCAUGCUUGUUCUGGCAAUAAUAGUGGUUCACUCAAGUGCAAGAAACACUCCUACUGAUGAAGUGGUUCACAACACUGCAAAAAACGUGCCCAUUGGUGCGCCCACUGGUGCUGGUCUGGAUGAUCAAAAAAACUUUGCCACAUACGGUGGUGUUGGCGGUCUCUCUGGGGUUGGCUCUAACGGGCUUCCGUUCGGUGGAGUUGGGGGUCUUGGUGGAGUUACUGGUCUCGGUGGUACAGUUGGUGUAGGUGGUGGCAUUGGCGGAGUCGGUGGUCUCGGUGGUGCUGGUGGUUUAGGCGGUGCUGGUGGUUUAGGUGGACUUGGGGGCUUAGGUGGACUUGGGGGCUUGGGUGGUACUACUGGACUAGGUGGCUUGGGUGGUAAUGGUGGACUAGGUGGACUCGGUGGCUUGGGUGGCGGAGCUGCUGGUGGUGUUGGUGGAGCUGUUGGUGGAGGUGUUGGUGGUGGCGGAGCUGGUGGUGGUACUGGAGUUCUUCCUUUCCCAUGAAAUGGUUGAGCUUCAGCUUUUAGGUUUACUUAUUAUAAUGAUUUUAAGUUGUUCCGGUUCAAGUGUUUGGCAGUUUAAGAGUUAGUUGUGUGUUUGUGAUACAGUUUGCGUCUCUGUUUGGAAUAUUUGCUUAUGUUUUAUUUUUUAGGCUUUGACGCCUCGUUGUUAUGUUUCCCUACUUUGGUGGAUAAUAUUUUGCGUAAAUAA